GCGACGAUUUUAUGAAAAGUGUCCCCUACGGAGCAGUGAGCGGCGGCCAACCCUUGGGAAAUUAAUCAUAUCCUACAGCAAACGUCGUCGUCGCUGGACAGUGUCAGUGCCGAAAAGGUCAACGACGAGCAGAAUGGAUAACUCCGGGAAUAAGAAGAACACCGUGUCGGAGUUUAGCUACAUGCUGCAGAGACAAGGGAGCGAUGACUCGACUGAAGCGGCCGCCUUCGACGAUAUCAACUCACUGAUGAAGAACAACGAGCACCCCCAGGAGGAAACCCUGUCGUCGCUGCCUCAAGCAUCCUUCAACUAUAUCAACUCGAUCGUCGGAAGCGGUGUGAUAGGCAUUCCGUACGCACUGCACCGAGCAGGAUUCGGACUGGGGCUUUUCGUGCUGGUGAUUGUCGCGGCCAUUACGGACUACUCGCUCAUACUGAUGGUGCGGUGUGGCCAUCUAAGUGGAAGGUUCAGUUAUCCCGGCGUCAUGGAAGCUGCCUACGGCAAGGCGGGCUACUAUCUGCUAUCGUUGUUGCAGUUUAUGUAUCCAUUUCUCGCCAUGAUCUCCUACAACGUGGUCGUCGGCGACACGCUAUCCAAGGUGCUGGUGCGGUUGGUGCCCUCCUGGGGCAGCUCGAUGGGCCCGGUGCGCUUCGGCGUGGUGCUGGUCGUGACGGUGUUCGUCGUGAUUCCGCUCUGUCUCUACAAGAACGUUUCCCGGCUGGCGAAGGCGAGCUUCCUCAGCCUGGCGUGUGUCGUGAUUAUCCUGUUCGCUGUCGUGUACCGGCUGAUGGCCGGCGAUUACGCGGUGGUACCAGACACUCCGGAAUCGUGGCGAUUCGCCCACACCGAUCUAAUCCCAGCGGUGGGCAUUAUGGCAUUCGCUUUUAUGUGUCAUCACAACACGUUUCUGGUGUACCAAUCGAUGCGGAAUGCCACCCUGGAACGGUGGGAAAAGGUGACGCACAUUUCCGUGGGCUUCGCCUGGCUGGUGGCCGUCUGCUUCGGCAUCGCCGGGUAUUGCACGUUCCGGGCGCUAUCGCAAGGUGACCUGUUGGAAAACUAUUGCUGGGACGACGACUUGAUGAACUUCGCACGGGUGCUGUUCUCCAUCUCAAUUCUGCUGACCUUCCCCAUCGAGUGUUUCGUUUCACGCGAAAUCGUCCGAACGCAAAUCAAGCGGUUCUACUCCCAAGAGGUUGUGGAAUACGACACCGACAAGGAUCCAACGCAUGCCACCGGUGCCGAAGAGGAUGACAAAUCGGUUGCCACCACGCUGGUAAUCGUGCUGGCGGCGUUCAUCAUCUCGCCCUACACAGAGUGUUUGGGUCCGGUGCUAGAGUUGAAUGGACUGCUGGCGGCGAUACCUCUGGCCUACGUACUUCCAGGAUUGGCGUACAUCCAGCUCAGUCCGCAUUCGCUGUGGAGUCGAGAAAAGUUGCCUGCAGCGGGGCUAGUUUUGUUCGGAACUUUCGUGACCAUAUCCGGAGCGGCGUUGCUUAUACCAAACCUCAUCGGAGACUGCCGGACGGGCAUCAUAAUGGGCUAUUGCCGGGACGAUGAACUGGCAGUUAACGGGACCAUGGCCGGGACUACGACACCCGCUUGUACUACCGAUAAGGUUUAAGAGUUAGGAUGUUGACUAUAGCUCUAUAGAUGUUCGGGUGCAAAAAGUGUGACAGGAAUUUUGAUGAAAGCCACCAAAGGUGCGACAUUUUCGUGCAACUAUGUUGGCACCAAUUUUUCUAUUUACAAAUCAAGAUGUUCUUGUGACAUCUUGUACGGUACAGCUAUUGAGAUAAACCUAAAUGCAUCAGUCAUCAGCAUUGGGCUU